UUUGGGUCAGAAACAGAAGCCCAGUCAGCCAAUGAUUGUCUCCAUAAUUCUCCUCAAUGGUGUUUUGUAGGACGCAGGCUGCUGAAGUUACUCUUCCUGAAGAAUUAUAGUCCCAGUUGUAUGUCUUGUGAGCAUGCGUAUGACAACAAAGCAGACAUGUGGACGAAAGGCUGAGGCUCCGGGCUCAUAACUCCUUUCUGAACACGUCAAUUAGAUUGCAAUCUCAGCUGUUAAGAUGACAUCGGCCACACCUCCUUCCUCUCGUAGCUCCUCCCCUCAGAAGGUGUGCCACUCACAGACACAGACAGAUGUUUUAAAACCCUUAUUGGGUGGUGGUGCAUCUGGUGGGGGCGGAACCCUGAGGAAGAGGAGGCGUGUUCUUUCCAAAGAUGGCCGUAGUAACGUGCGCAUUGAGCAUGUCAGUGGCCGAAGUGCUCUGUACAUGCGUGACCUCUGGACAACAUUUCUGGACAUGCAGUGGCGCUACAAGUUCUUCCUGUUCACGGCCACGUUUGCGGGGACCUGGUUCCUGUUUGGGGUGCUGUGGUAUCUGGUGGCACUGGUGCAUGGAGACCUGCUUGAGUUCGACCCUCCGUCAAACCACACACCCUGUGUGAUGCAGAUGCAAACCCUGACAGGGGCUUUCCUCUUCUCCCUGGAGACUCAGACAACCAUUGGCUAUGGUUUCCGCUGCAUCACUGAGGAAUGUCCCGCUGCAAUCAUCCUCCUCAUCGUCCAGCUUGUUAUCACCAUGCUGAUGGAGAUCUUCAUCACUGGUACCUUCCUGGCCAAGGUCGCUAGGCCCAAGAAGCGAGGUGAGACAGUGAAGUUUAGCCAGCAUGCUGUGGUGUCAACUCACGAGGGCCGACCCUGUCUGAUGAUCAGGGUGGCCAACAUGCGCAAGAGUCUUCUGCUCGGCUGUCAGGUGACUGGAAAACUGCUCCAGACGUCUCUGACCAAGGAAGGUGAGACGGUUCGUUUGGACCAGAGGAACGUGCCCUUCCAAGUGGACACAUCCAGUGACAGCCCCUUCCUCAUCCUGCCCCUCACUUUCUACCACCUCAUCGAUGACAACAGCCCCCUGCGAGCUUGGGCAGCUAAGGGUGGUGGCUGGACUGAUCCAGAGUUGGCGGAUUUCGAACUGAUGGUAAUUAUGAGUGCCACAGUUGAACCGACCUCCGCCACCUGCCAGGUCCGCACCUCCUACCUGCCAGAUGAGAUUCUCUGGGGCUAUGAGUUCCCUCCUGUAGUCUCCCUUUCGCCAUCAGGCAAAUACGUAGCAGACUUUGCCUUUUUUGACAAAGUGGCCAAGACCAAGACCACGCCUAUCUUCAAACCAUCCAGCCCGCAGCAUGGGUACCAGAGCAACGGGGGUGGGACUGUGCCUGAGUCGUCUGAUCCAGAGAAGAUUCGUCUGGAGCAGAGUUACAGGGAGAGAGGGGAGGAGCGUGGCCGGGUCAGAGACACUCCUCUCAGUGUUCGUAUCAGCAACGUGUGAGCAGAUGAAAUGGUUGAAAAGAGAACGUUUUGAUGUCAGUAGCAAAGGAAUGAAACCUCUUAUCAGAACAGCUCGGGAGACUGUUGUUAGACUGUUUCGAACUUUUGAAAGAUAUCUAGGUCACAGUAGCACCAAAUAUGGACUACUGGAGAACUGUAUGGUCAACUUCGAGUUUGUCAAGUUUGUCGUAGCCAUAUGUUUGCUGGGAUGACACAUGUUCUACACUGGUUUGACUGUAUUCAUAUGAUGACAUAACACACUUCCUAACUGCAGCUACUAUCUACAUUUGAGUGAGGCGACUGCACACGUACCUCACAUACACUUUAUACACUUUCAUAAUGAAGAAUAUAACAGGUUGGAUUAUUUAUUCACACAGAAAUAAACAUAAAAACAAAUUUACACUUACAAUUUACGAAACUAAACAAGCAUUUGAUAUGAGGGAAACCCCAGUUGUCUGGUUUGGGUCCUCCCCCGCUUGUGCGAGACAGUAUGAGUGGGUUUUUUCUAAAUUCAAGGGUAGAAGUUGGUGUGAUAAGGGGGCAGGAAACAGAGUAGAACUUCCUAUGCUUCCUCUAAAAAUAUGUGGUUAAUUCAGUUUGCACAUUUGUAAAAGUCAUAUUGCAGUUUCAGCUCUGCUUGCUUUUACUGCAAAAACAGUGGUGAGUAAUGCUAAAACAUCUCUUAUAGAACUCAUAAAACCCCCACCCCCAACUCUUCUGCAGCACUCUCAUGGUGAUAUUUUUACAUUUCCUGUUGUAAAAACCACAAAGUCCUCAUGUUAAAGACACACAAACAAAAUAAUAAUUAUGUGCAUUGUAAAUGGCAAUGCACUUUAAUAUGUUAGGUUAAGCACUUUCUGUUAAAUUUAUGUAGCACUACAACUGGAGCGUAGACAAACUUCAGACUGAGUUUAUUGUGCUCAAGGUGCUCUGUGUCUCUUGAUGGUGUGGGCAUUUCAUGUAUGACUUUUAUUGCUGUUUCAAGACAGAAAGUUAGCACUUUAUUUAAGUAUGCAAUGUACAUUUGCACCUUAGGAGGAUUAGGUGCCUAUAUGUGGAACCUUACUGUAGGAAGAUGUGUUUUUUGACUACUAAAAUCACUUACACAUUGAAUAUCUUUGAGCUGUGAGCACUUAGAAUAAACUUUAAAACAGAUGCUCCCUCACUACAAAGCCAAUUGGAAUUCAUUCUCAAUGGUAAACUGACUGAUACCUUGCCUAUAAAAUGUAUUCACCCCCUUGGAUGUUUUACUCUUUUACUGAUUUUAUAAAUCAAUCAUGGUCAAUAGAAUUUGGCUUGUUUGACAAAGAAAAAAAACCCCAAAAAACCCCAAACAAUUUAAUGUCAAAGUGAAAACAGAAUUCUACAAAGUAAUGUCACUUGUAAUGUCAAACAAAAAUAUGUAAGGUAAAAUAAGUGACUGCAUAAAUACCUUCAGCCAAUUCGUGCUAGUAGUCUCACAAUAAGUGAAAUGGGGAUCACAUGAGUGCAGUGAAUGUGUCUCAAGUGAUUGAAGUGUAAAGACAUCUGUGUUUGGAAGGUCCAGCCACUGGUUAAUAAGUAUUUUUGGCUACCAUUUCACCACAAAGACGAAAGAACACACACGCCCAGACCAGGCCGUCAUCACAAACUGAGUGACCAUGCAAGAAGGAGACUAGUGAGAGAUGCCACCAAGACACCUAGGACCACUCUGAGUUACAAGCUUCAGCAGCUGAGAUGGGAGCAACUGUAUAGAACUGUUGCCCGAGUUUUUCACCAGUCAAAGCUGACAGAGCUUGAGCAGUUUUGCUAAGAAAAAUCCAGAUGUGCGAGCCUGAUUGAAACCUAUCCACACAGACUCAGUGCUGUGAUUGCAGCCAAAGGUGCAUCUACUAAAUACUGACUUGAUGGGGGUGGGUAUUUAUCGAGUCACUUGUU